CUGCUGGACACCCAUAUUUAGCUAUUUGGGCUUGAGUAGGGGCAUGCUGGAGUUGCUGUGAUAGAUGGACCCAUUUAAUUUUCAGAACCACAGUGAUGUCUUGUCCAUGGCGUUGGCUGAGGAUUGGUGAGGAGACUUGCAGGCUCAUCAGCCUUGCAGGUCAACGUUUGCUCCCGCUCAAACUACCACAUCUAAACUGCCGCUCCGCUCGACCGCUCUCCAUCUCCAUGCUCGCCGAUGUGCUGGAUGCUGCUAAUCCCCACCGGAGAUGGGCCUGAAGGCUGGCCGGAGCUGAGCUUCUCUGCUGCCGCUCGUGCCACGGCAACUGCAGGCGACUUUCUACCAUGCAAGUGAGCACACAAAUUAGCUAGCAUUAGCAAGCUUCACUUGAGUCUUCAGAUAAAUCUCCAACUCCUUGCUCUGAGUCUCAGAUGGCAACCUAUAGUACAAGUACAGUUGCUGCGGAUCUGACUGCUAGUAAGCAAAAGUCCACCACCACGGCACCGCCGCACAUCGCGAAUGAGACGUCUGCUGCGCAUCGGACGUCUGCGUCUGCCCCAGCUUUUAUAAACCCUCUAUCCGAUCCCUCUCCACCAAGUCCAAGGACGGCAGCAGCAAGCCCUCCGCACUCCAAACCGCAAGACCAUCCUCUCCCACCGACCACCAUGGUGACCGCAGUUUCUGCCGCCGCCGUCGUCGACCUGUGCGCCGCGUUCAUCGCCCUCGACAUCUUCACCUUCCUCGACCCGCAGCUGGGCGCGGAUCCAUCAGCUGAAGAAGCCGCACUGCUCGACAGCGCGGUCGAGCUGCUGCUACCGCUGGCGGCGCUGGGGACCCUCGCCACUGGCAUCACCGUCAUCUACCGCCAUCUGCAGCACUCCGCGGCUGCGGCCGCGGGCGCUGCCGGGAGCCGCCGCCUCUAUCGAUUCUUCGCUAUCCUGUGCGCUUCGGCUGGCACCCUCGAGUUUUUCUUCUUCGUGCAGCCUGCAGGGUCGGCCGGCGGCAAUUUUGGCGCGCAAGCUCGCGCGCUCGGCCUGGUUGCUGCCCGUGUCCUUCCAGCGGCAGCGGCCGCGACCUUCUUUCUGGGGAUGGCGCUGAUCAUCGUCUCCCACAUCCGCGCCGGCGGCGAAGGUGGCGGCGGAGCCUUCGCCGGUGACGGGCAUAUCCAGGGGGCCGUGUCGUUCCUCACCAAGACGGCGUUUGCAGCGGCGGCGGCCCUCAUCUGGCUCACGGCUUUGGCCCUCUACGGCAUAUACUAAAAGAAAUCCAGCAGAAGAGAUGCUGGCCGGCUAUAACUAAAGGUUCAUCUUUGGGAUAUCGAUCCCUGAGACACUGCUAUCUACUGUCUACAGAAGAGACUUUAUUUAGCUAUAUCUCCACAAUGAACUUCGUCAUAUGUAUUUAUAUUCAGAUGAAUGUUGUACUAAAUAUGGCCGAGGUGGUUACUUAUUGUUACUAUGCAUGGGAGUUGUCGAGUCAGGGUUGAGAAUUUGAGCUGGUGUGUCUAUUAUUAUUUAUGGUAUAUAAACGUGUUUGUGAAUCUCUUACCAUUUAUACUAUUAAAUGUAUAUGGAAAUCUGUGGUGGUUUAAUAUGAUGCAAUCUUGUAUCUGGUUCAUGAUUAUGUGGCUUGUCUUCCUGAUUUUACUAAUCUGAUGAAGUAUUUGUAUUGAUGAUCUGUUAUAUGCAAAUGUGAAGAUGGUUUUGCCUUUUCCUAUGCUGGAAGGGAUCCAUUUCUUUCCACCACUUACAGGUUGAGAUUUGGAUCUCGAUUCACACCCAAUAAAACUUGAAGUGCAACAUGGGGGAAUGGAGGAGCUCAUGCAGGUCACGUAUACAGCUUCCCUCUCUGCAAUUUGGAGAUCAGAUUUCAUCUCUCGAUUUGGAGUUUCAGUUGGCUCUGAAGUUUGGGGGCUUGUUGAGGUUAUCUAAUUUUAGUUAGUUAUCAUGUUGCAUUUUCUUUUGUUAGAUAUUUUAUCUGGCUUCUGUCCAGGUUGUGUGUUAGGACUUAGGACACAUCCUCUUUGCUCUUAAAAACUUCUAGUAAAUGCUCAUAAUUACUGUGAUUGUCUUUGUUUGUUUUUCUGUUGUGUGCAGGUAACGAUUGAGGCCUAAGCAUUCCUUUCAGAUUAACCUUGAUCAGAUCACAUCCCCCAAACAAGAUAUGAUGCGAUGCGAUCGACCAUUGAAUGAAAACUUAGGCAUCUUUCCAAACAUCUUAAUGAGUUUAGUGUGGCAAAGUGGUAGCUCCUAACAAAGCAUGCUCUAAUUGCAUCUUGUUGUCAUGCUUUACAUAUAGACCUUGUGUAGCCCUAUUGCAAAUCUGUUUGUGGCUACUGGAUAGUUCUUGUUGAUCUUGCUAUUUUCUGAGAUUAGUGAUCAGAUCACUAUGGAAUUGCAUAUUUCUAUAUUUGUUGAUGACCCUAUUCAUUUACUCAUAAUAGGAUUAUCAAGGUAAAGUUUGAUUGUAUUCUAUAUUAGUUUUGAGAUUUCUGUGGCCCAAGAAGUACUACAAAAUUACAACUAUGGACAUACCAAAUUACUAUAAUUUUGUGAUACUUCUUGUGACCUCGCAACCAUAUGGUUCCUUUUCCUUUCAUUCUUUUACAAGACUUUGGCUAAUGUCAUCGAGAGGUAAUAUAUAAAAGUCCCCUUAUUCUCUAAAUGCUUUAGUUGCAUGCUGAAAUUUCAUUGAUUAUUUUGUUUUCAUUUUUGUCUUGUGCAGGUAGCAUCAAGGUGUGAGAACAUUCCUUCAACCCCAUUUUGAUCAUACACAGCCCGGCUGGAAAUAUACAUGAUGUUGUUCAGACAUGGGGCUCACAGGUCCCAGCAGAACUGGAAAGAGCUACAUGUGGAAGGGAAGUCGAAGACAUGAUGCAAGUUAUGACUCAGCUUUAUCAUUUUUAUGUAUCAGUUGGCUCUGGAUUUUUGGUAUUUUUAGGGUUAUUUAGUUUUAAUCUGUAGUGAUCAAGUCCUAAGCAUGUUUCUUCAACUCCACUUUGUUUUCAUAUCACAGUCCAGAAAUAAUACAUGAAUCAGUAGGCAGAGCCUAUAUUUAUCCCUCUC